AUGAACCACAAGCCAUGGCAUUGGAGGAAAAAAUCUAUGGAGAAAACAAUCUUUGCAGUGGACAAAGGUGUCACUCCCUCUAGACCCACUGAAGAAGAGAUACACAAACUUCCAACAACUAAAGAAUCUGGAUUGGAAAGAUCAUCACAAAAUCUAAAUAAGAAGUUGGCAACAGUCCUCCUUGAUUCUCAUUCUGGAGAUGACCCUUUAUCAAAACAUGACCAAAAGUCCCAAACGGAAACUAAAGGCAAGGACAAGACAAAACAGGAAGUAGAAUCUGUUGAAGACUUAGAUGAAAAGGCGUCUUCUGUAAGUGUUACUCCUGAAGAUGCAACGUUGGAGGAACCUUUGCAUCCACCAAGCUGUGUUCAAGAAGAACAAGAGAAGAAGUUUAGUGGUGCCAUUUCAAAGAUAUCUAUAGAGCAUGAGAAGAUUCAGAAAGAAUUGGAAGAGAAGUUGAGGGAAACAAGUAAAAGGAUAGAUGACCUAACUGCCGAGAAUACUCAUCUUGGUAAUGCCUUGCUAACCAAGGAGAACUAUAUUGGGGACCUGCUAAAAUGUAAACAAGAAACAGAUGCUGAGUUUAGUACAUUGAUGGCUAGGUUAGACUCCACAGAAAAGGAAAAUUCUUUCCUAAGAUAUGAGUUUCACGUGCUGGAGAAGGAACUAGAGGUCCGGAAGGAGGAGACAGACUAUUGCCGUCAGUAUGCAGAUGCCUCUCGUAAACAGUACCUAGAGUAUUCUCAGAAAGUGUCAAAUUUAGAAGCUGAGUGUCAAAAACUCCGUCUUAUGCUACAAAAAAAAUCACCUGGUUCUGCUGGUAUGGUGAAUAUGAAGAAUGAAGUUGGAAUGAUGCGAAGAAGAAAGUCAAAUUCUAGCAGGGAAUUGAUCUACAAAAGCAAUCAUAUUGGAAACUCUACUGAUGUGUCAGAGAAAAGUUUUGGCUUAAUGAUCAGACGAUUGCAAGAUCUGGAUGAGGAGAACAAGGCUUUCAAAAGAAUUUUGACCAAGAAAAACUCUGAACUAGAAUCUUCAAGACUUAUGUAUGCCGAAACAGCUUCCAGAUUAUCACAGGCUGAGAUUCUGCUUAGAAAGGUUUCUGAAAAUCAGAAGUGUAUGGAGCUAGCUAGGUGUUAUCCCACAUCAAAUGAACUUCCUUUGAUGUCAAAUUGUGACAUUUAUAGUGAUGAUGAGGCUAUCUCUUCUGGAUCCUGGGCGACUGCUCUUAUUUCAGAACUUGAACAUUUAAGAACAGGGGCUAAAGUUCAUAAAAGUAGUAAAGCCACUGAAGUUUCGGACAUGAGUUUCAUGGAUGAUUUUGUUGAGAUGGAAAAACGAGCUAUAGUUUCUAUUGAUAAACCUAAAAGAGAAUGCUUCUCUGAUAUAAGUGGUAAGGAGUUAGUGCCAGUUGAACAAGAUCAUCUUGGCUUCAGUGAGAGGAAAAAGGAGAUCCAAUUAACUGAAAAAUCGUUUGACUGGCUUCAGAUUGUUUUGAAUGCAAUCUUAGAGGAGAAAAUCAUAUCAAAACGAAGUCUUUAUGAACUGUUUGAUGACAUAAAAAUUGCUUUGGAUUGCAUGAAUCAUCCAACUGCUUCUAAACCUGAUACAGAAGCAGAAAGAGAGCAACGCUUCAAUUCUAAUUCGAGAAAGUCAAUAUACAGGAUUAUCAACCUCAUUGAAGGUAUUGCUCCCAAGUCAUUUAUGUGCAACAAUUGUCCAGAUUGCUUGGAGGAGAAUAAGCAUUCAGACAUAUCACAGUCAUCAACAACCAAAGACUAUUUUGUUCACGUUUUCCAAUGGAAGGUAUCACACUUAAAUCCUCUCCUGCACCAACUUAUUCACACCUGCAAAGAUUUGUUAACAGGGAGAGCUGAUUUUGAAAAUUUUAUUGAGGAAGUAGCAUUUGCUUUGGACUGGAGCAUUAAUAACUGUGCCACCUCCACAAAUGCUGCAAUUGCAAGGGAUAAGAUCAAGAAGCAUUUUAGCAGUCUUUUAUCACAAAAUGAAAAUAAAAUAGAUGACGAAGAUAAACAGUCUUCUCGCUCAGCCUCGUUUGCAUAUCCAGAAGAUCAGUGUGAGCUCUUCAACACAAAGAACAGUCAGUGUGAUCUCCUUGAAGAUAUUAGAAAGUUAAAAGAUGAUUUAAGGAAUGCAAAAACUGCGAAGAAAUACUUGGAAGAAAAGCUGAUGUCAGCAACUGAUGAGAGACAGAACUUGACACAACAAUGUCAAGAAGCACAGAACAACAUCAGAGGUUUAGAAUCAGAGAUUGAGACACUGAAAGAUCAGAUUGAGAAACAAAAGAUCAUAAAUGAAGAUCUUGACACACAGCUUACAAUGGCCCAGGCCAAGUUAAAUGACAUUUUUCAAAAGUUUUCGUCCUUAGAAGUUGAAUUAGAGGAUAAAAAUAAUUCCUGUGAGGAAUUAGAAGCAACAUGUCUGGAGCUUCAACUCCAAUUGGAGAGCAUUGCAAAGAAGGAAUCUCCAACGUAUGGCAGAUACGAAGUAGAAAAGAUAUACCAAACUGGCUGGGAGAUCACAACAGCUUCAACAAAGUUGGCAGACUGUCAAGAAACCAUCCUAAACCUCGGGAAACAACUCAAGGCACUUGCUUCAUCUAGUGAAGUUGCACUUUUUGACAAGGUUGCCACCACAACUAGUACCGUGGCCAAUCCAACCCAGAAGAAGAACUUGAUCAAACGAUCCUCUCUACGAAAUCAAAUGCAAGCUGAGGAUGAAGCUAAAGGAGUGAUCCAUACGUCUGUCCCAACUGAAGAAACUAAAAGAGAAAAAGAUACUCAGAUUCCAUUCCUUCUUCAACCUGACACCGAAAAAUCUCUGCAAAGUCCUAAUAACUUGAUUAAUUCUCAAGAAACAAGUCUCACUUCAGAGAAAAAUGAUAGAAACAAAGCCACAGGAUCAAUGGCAAUUGUUCCUGGUAAAAAACGAGUAGGCUUUGGUUUUCUUAAAAAACUGCUUUCAAGACGAAAGAAAGGGAGGGGUAAGGGAAGCAAGGUAUUAGCCAAAGCAUGA